CGCACUGUACAACGCAAGAAAACGUGCGACUAAAUCUCGCGAGAUCUUGCCCUAGAUCGUGUCCCAGGUUUCGCAGCUGCUGGGGUUAAUAAGUGAUAAACCAACUAUUUCAGGACUUUCAUGAUGAGCUAUGCUGAAAAGACUGAAGAUAUAACUAAAGAUGAGUGGAUGGACAAACUUAAUAAUGUGCAUAUACAAAGGGCAGACAUGAACAGACUUAUCAUGAACUACUUGGUAACAGAAGGUUUUAAAGAAGCAGCUGAAAAGUUCCGGAUGGAAUCAGGAAUUGAGCCAAGCAUAGACCUUGACUCUCUAGAUGAACGUAUUAAAAUCAGAGAAAUGAUUUUGAAAGGCCAAAUUCAGGAAGCUAUUGCACUCAUUAACAGCCUUCAUCCUGAGUUGCUGGACACAAACCGGUAUCUUUACUUUCAUCUACAGCAACAACAUCUGAUCGAGCUGAUACGCCAACGGGAAACUGAAGCAGCUCUGGAGUUUGCUCAGACGCAGCUGGCAGAACAGGGUGAGGAGAGUCGUGAAUGUCUCACAGAAAUGGAGCGCACUCUUGCUUUACUUGCUUUUGACAACCCUGAGGAGUCCCCUUUUGGAGACCUGCUGAACAUGAUGCAACGUCAGAAGGUAUGGAGUGAAGUUAACCAGGCUGUAUUAGAUUAUGAAAACCGAGAGUCUACUCCUAAAUUGGCAAAAUUGCUGAAGCUGUUACUUUGGGCUCAGAAUGAAUUAGACCAGAAGAAAGUAAAAUAUCCAAAAAUGACAGACCUCAGUAAGGGAACAAUUGAGGAUCCCAAGUAAUUUGAAAGACUGGUGCUGUGUAGCACUGUAGGACUUCAAAUAAGGACAUUUAAACUUAUAUUUAUAUCAGUCUAUGACUGGGCACUUUUUUUUUUUUUCCUCCCUUUUUUCCCCCUGGAGGGUGGUUCUUGGCAAAGGACUAAAUUUACUGGUUAGUAAUAGAUGCUCUUGUUAUUUGACCGCCCAUGUUAAAGACCAAAAAGCAUUUUCUCAGUGUUGCACAGAUGCCGCAACUUUUUGGUCACAUAAUCCUUUUUGAAGUAUAUUAAAUGAACGAAAGUUCCUGCUUUUCGAGGAGAAGAGCAGAAUCCUGUUCUCCUUUUGUAAUGUAAUUAGUCUCCUGUACUUUUUUGGGUUAUAUGUUUGUUGCUUUUGGAUUUUAUUGCAACCAUUACGUAUAAGGCCACAAUACCGUUUCAGAUUUCCAGAAGUGAACAUAACAGUGUGUACAUAUUAUACGAAUGUAUAAAAUCAUAGCAAGGGAAUCUACAUCUUUAACAGUAAAUAAUAUGUUUUUGGAGGUUCACAGUGUCUUGUUUCAGAAUGUGUGAAUCACAUUAAUGUGGCAGUUUCAGGCAUAACUAUCACAGCUCAUUUUUGUAAAGGUUUAUUAGCUAAUAAAAACAAAAUAAUUGUCUGAAAGAAGGAAGGAUAAAGGGUUUCAUUCUUAAGAAAGUAAUCUUGAACAUUUAUCUGAGUUUACCAUUUAUUUUGGUAGACAUUGACAUUUAUCAUUUUGAUUCAGUUGUAGUGAUUUGUAAGAUAUUUGAGAUGUACAUUUUGCUUAACAAGUAAUUCUGGCAUGCAUUUGCAAUACUAUAUUAUAUUGUACUGGCAAAAUUCCUUCUUUUAAAUUUGAUUUAAUUUUGUAGACACUUUGUAAAAAUUUCCCUAUAUGCUGUAUAUCUUUGAAGAUAGUACUGUGAUAAGAGACAUCACAGUCCUGCAGACAGAUUUGCAAUUUUAAAUUAAAAAUAGUUUGAUGUAAAACUUCCACUAUUACUGUAAUAGGAGUGUUUUGCUGUACAUUAAAAAAUAUAAACCAGUAAAAUAUUUCCCUUUAGUUAGGAUAAAAAAGUGAUAUUUGGGCCGGGCCCAAGAGAGCCAUAGUGAUUGCUAGUUGAGAUUGCAACAAAUUAAAAAAUUUCUCCUGGUUUGUCUUAAAAAGCAAGCAAAUGUCAAUAAAAUGGUUCAUUGUUAUUGACACAGAAUGAAUAAGGUGCUCUUCUGCAGGCAAUACAGUAUCAUUUGCCUGAGAGUUUUUACUACAGUUAAUUGCCAUUUAAGCUCAUCUUGAACAGGAAAAUAUGUUCUUAAGUCAAUCACUGAUGCUGUGUAAACAUUUAACAAUGGUUUGAUCAUAAGUCAUGUUUUCUACUUUAAUAAAGGUUGCUAAAUGUAAAAAUUUAACUGUAUAGUAUAUUGAAAGUUUGAGGCUUGCUAUUUUUUUUGCAUUGGUUAUUAUUGAAGUAAAUUAACUACACCACAGUUGCAGUAUUGGGCAUCCCGUUUGCUGACUAAUUGCUGGUAAUGUAACAUAUUAAAAAGUGUAAUAAUGCAGAAUAAUUUAGAAUUUAGUUGCAGUAAAAACAUGUAGAUCCUGUGGCUCUUCUAUAUGUGUUGUGAUUUCCACUGGAACAGAGGACAGGACUGUUAAAAAUACAUUUUAAGCAAACUGCGUACAGAAAUGUGAACUGGAGCAAGAAGAAUUAUUUAAAAACUUUUUCCAUACUUUCCUGUUUUGUACUUUUUUAUUUAUUAUUAGAUAAUUUGCAAAGAAUGUUAAUGUUUUGGGUUUUUAUUGCAAUAAAAUUUACCUACAAUUUUACUAUCUCAACUAA